AUUUUUAUAUUCAUUCAUUCAUAUAUUUUGAAACAUGAUCGAUCCUAGAGCUUAUGUGAAUGAACAGAAAAAGAAAUAUCCAUCUUUACAUAAGGAAUGGGAAAUUUUGGAAGAAUUUUAUGAGAAAAAGUUAUGGCAUCAAUUAACAUUGAAAUUGGAAGAUUUUAUUAGAAAUGAACAUUUUGUAUCAAAUGGUGGCUUAGUAGAUCUAUAUGAAAAAUUUAUAUUUGAAUUCGAAAAUAGAAUUAGCUCCUUAGUUUUAAUUAAAUUAGCUAUAGAAAUAUCUGUGGAAAUUAAAGAUACUGAAGAAAGAAUAAAAUUUUUACAAAAAAUUAAAGACAAAGUUUCUUUAAAUAAAGAAGCUGAUGCUUUAGCUUACACUGCAUUAGGCCAUAUAUACUUGACGAGAAAAGACUAUAGUAAAACUAAGGAAUUAUUGGAUAAGGCGGAAGAAAUGCUAGACAAAUUAAAUGGGAUAUCGCCUGUUCAUUGCGAGUUGUAUAGGCUUUCAAGUGAAUAUUAUUACGAAAUUAAGGAUUACGUGUUGUAUUACAAGGAAACUUUGAAGUUUCUGGGAGUCAUGGAUAUUGAUAAACUAUCUAAGGAAGAAAUGGAGCGAUACGCCUACAAUUUAUCCAUAGCCAGUUUAUUGGGAGAAGACAUUUACAAUUUCAAUGAAUUGUUAUCUCACCCCGUUUUCGAUUCGAUGCGAAAUUCUAGCGAUCAAGCUAAAGACUAUGGUUGGUUAGUGGAAUUACUUUACGCUUUCAAUGGCGGAGACCUUAAAAAGAUGGAAAAACUCAAGCCCCGGUGGAGUAAAAUGUCGCUUUUGAAAGAAAAAUCGACUCUGUUGGAGAAGAAGAUCAAGCUUUUAUGCCUCAUGGAGAUGACUUACAAAAAGCCAGCUAAUAACAGACAAUUAACCUUUGAAGAAAUAUCAAAAGGUGCAGAGGUUCCUAUCAAAGAUGUUGAAAAUUUGGUAAUGAAAGCCCUCUCGUUGAACCUGGUGAAGGGAUACAUCGACGAGAUAGACAAGAAAGUUUACAUGAAGUGGGUUCAACCUCGGGUUUUGGAUUUGAAACAAAUAGCCACUAUGAAUCAGAUUUUGGGUAAGUGGAGCGACGAUAUUAAAUCCGUUGAAGACACCUUCCACGAAAACGCUAAAGAACUUAUUCAUUUCUAAAAGCCAAAUUUUAUUUUUUUUAACGCCACUCAUCUAUGAUUGAUUGUCAUGCAUAUUAUUUAUUAUUGUUUAUUUUUUUAAAAAU